AUGGUGGGGAAUGGCAAGGAUUUAUUAAAGAUCUAAAAUAAACCAUCAGAACAACAGCAGCUAAAGAAUAAGCUUUAGCUUGAUAAAAUUGGUGUAGUUAUUGAGCAGAACUCAAAGCAAUUUACUAGCCACAAUGAAGGCCUUAAUGAGAGUAUUUCUGUUAUGGUGAAAUAGUCGCUUGAUCUAGCUUUUAAGAACAUCAAUAGCAAUAUGAGGUAAAUGAAAAAUGAAAUUAUCGGACUUGAUUAGCAAGCUGGUGAACUUGAUACCAAAAUUGAUGGACUUGAAAGCAAAGUCGAUGGAAUAGAUGUUCAAGUGAAAGGGCUAGAUUCUAAAGUAAAUGGUCUCGAUACAAAAGUCAUAAAAAUUUAAGAUGACAUGGAAUUUAUCAAGCUCUCCUUAACUUAGAUUCUUCAAAAAUAUAAUCAGUGA